AAAAGCCUCACAUCCUUAAAGCCUUGAGAGCGCAAACAGGUGGCGCAUACAGAGCUCCGGUUCCACCUGCAGCCGCAGGAACCAGACACGCACCGAGGACGCACCGUUUCCACCUGCAGCCGCAGGAAACAGACACGCACCGAGGACGCACCGUUUCCACCUGCAGCCGCAGGAACCAGACACGCACCGAGGACGCACCGGCGCAUGGAGACGCCCGAGCCGGGGACCGGGAUGCCCGCGGCGGACAGCGACAUCAUGGACUGCGGAGCCGGGUCUAGUCCCGGGUCCAGGACCAGGACCAGAACCGGGGACCAGGAGAACCUGCCCCCCGCGUCCCUCUGCAGCCCCGCCGCAGACACGCUGAAGAACUUCUACCACACCAAGCGCGUCGGGAACUACCUGAUCGGGCGCAAGCUGGGCGAGGGCUCGUUCGCCAAGGUGCGGGAGGGUCUGCACGCCCUGACGGGGGAGAAGGUCGCCGUGAAGGUCAUCGACAAGCGCAAGGCCAAGAAGGACUCGUACGUGACGAAGAACCUGCGGCGCGAGGGCCACAUCCAGCAGAUGAUCCGGCACCCCAACAUCACGCAGCUGCUGGACAUCCUGGAGACGGACAACAGCUACUACCUGGUGAUGGAGCUGUGCCCCGGCGGGAACCUCAUGAACCGCAUCUACGACAAGAAGCGUCUGGACGAGCGCGAGACGCAGAAGUACAUCCGGCAGCUGGUGCUGGCGGUGGAGCACCUGCACCGCGCCGGCGUCGUGCACAGGGAUCUGAAGAUAGAAAACCUUUUACUGGACGAGCAGGACAACAUCAAGCUCAUAGACUUCGGCCUGAGUAACUGUGCAGGCAUCCUGGGCUACUCGGACCCGUUCAGCACCCAGUGUGGGAGUCCGGCCUACGCCGCGCCCGAGCUGCUGUCCAGGAAGAAGUACGGCCCCAAGGUGGACGUCUGGUCCAUCGGCGUGAACAUGUACGCCAUGCUGACGGGGACGCUGCCCUUCACCGUGGAGCCCUUCAGCCUCCGGGCCCUGCACCAGAAGAUGGUGGACAAGGAGAUGAACCCGCUCCCCCCGUCGCUCUCCACAGCUGCCAUCUGUCUGCUGAAGAAGCUGCUGGAGCCCGACCCAAACAAACGUCCCAACAUCCACCAGGUGAUGGCCGACUCGUGGCUGCAGCUGGCCAACAAGAACACGGGGGCGCCGUACCUCAACAGGAUCCACAUCGAGGAGAUCAACCACACGGUGCUGCUGCACAUGACGGAGAGGAUGAGCUACAAGCACAGCGAGGUUCUGAGCGCCGUCCUCACCAACCGCGCCUGCCACACGCUGGCCGUCUACUUCCUCCUCAACAAGAAGAUGAAGAGACUCUCCAAAGAGUACCGGGAAAUGCAGUUCCAGGAGAAGAAGAAAGGGGAGAAGCAGAAGAGUGAAUAUUUCCAGACGCAGUGGAGGAAACACGUGGACAAACUGACCAUCCCGCCCAAGCAGACGCCUGUGUACCUGGCCGUCAGCAAGGGCCCCAGCAAGGAGAAGAAGCACCGCACAGGUUUAUUACGUGCAAUAACUGGUGGCCAUCGUAACUCCCCGCUGGCCCCGCCCGGCACCGUGGCCUCCUCGUCCAUGGAGUACCUGGAGAUCCACCCGCUGUUCCCCAACACGCCGCAGCAGCGCCGGCGUCUGGCCACGCUGCCGCCGGUCACCACCAGCCCGGAGCACAACGUGCCGGCGCCGCCGGCGCCCUCGCCCAUCGGCAUGCACUCCUUCGGCUCGCUCUCCAAGGCCGAGCAGAUCCAGGACGCGCCGUCGCCGUCGCUGUCGUCGCCCUGGUACAAGCUGACCAACGGCACGCUGUCGCCGCCGCGCCACGUCUCCGCCUUCCAGCCCGACUCGUCCUACCUGAAGAAGGCCGUGAUCCCCAGCCCGCCGGUGCUCAUCGUCCACCCGCUGCCCAAGAAGAGCGGCUCGUCGGACUGGUGCGGCUCGUCCGACACCAGCUCGGCCGGCAGCCCCCCCAGCGCGGCCGGCAGCCCCCCGGGACACUCGGCCUUCAGCCCGCCCAAGUCGGCCUUCAGCCCGCUGGGCCCCGCCUCCGCCUUCGGCCCGCCCUCACACUCACACUCCAACGGCAGCGGCAGCGACCCCGAGAGCCCCACGCACCGCGGAAAGUUCCCGUCCAUGGGCAUCGGGCAGAUGCUGAAGAAGAAGGUGCAGCUGCAGCCGUUCAGCUUCCGGCCCGAGCUGGUGGUGGAGGAGGUGGUGUCGCCGCCGCCCUACCCCAUGCAGACGCUGCUGUGCGCGUCGGGGGCGCUGAAGACGCUCUGCUAGGGCGAUGACGGACUAGCUAGGUCUUCCAGAGUGGCCUUCUGAACUGUGAACUCCCUUUAGCCCAACUGAGCCACUUUGCUUUCACUACGUUUGUUUACUGUAUUUAUACGAUCAGAAAAGAAAAAGAAGAAGUCGUCGUCUCUCGUCACUGCCGAGGUUACGUAACGUACGGAGGAGAAUCAGGGCCAGGCAGGAGAAAAAUGAAAUAAUAUUUUGGAGGAGGAAGAUUUUUUUUUCAUUAUGCACUUUGAGAAAAAAG